CCUCUUUCUCCAGUUGUCCCUUUUUCACUUGAGUUCUCUGAAUAGGUUAUACUUUAUACUCUUCUUCAACUCUUUCUUGGAAAAAUAUGGAACAUAAUAAUGGGAAAGUACAGCCUGAAGAGAAGGCUACAUCAUCAGAAAAUGAACGGAUGUAUUUCCCUGGGAAAAAUGGGCAAGAAUCACAAGCCAGUAAUUCACCAACAGUGGACAGAGCUACAGGCACUCAGACUGAUAUAGCUGUCCAUGACAUUUCAGAAGACCUGAGCAGACAGCUGGAAGAUAUCAUUCAAACAUUCGGGUCCUCUGUGGCAAAUAAGACCCAAAGUGUUGAAUUGUCCAACAAUGAUGAAGCUGAUUGUGAAGAUUUAAAUACUGAGGAGGCAAACAACCAGAUUUAUUCAUUGGAUGUCACCUCCAUCAAAGUGCCUGUGAAUAAAGAGCAAAAACAAGAAAAGAUCAUUUUGAAAGGACUAGGCAAAGAUGCUACACUGCUUCUACAAAGUGUAAACAAGCUGAGCACCCCAGAGGAGAAGAUAGAAGCACUGAUAAAGAAGUAUGCAGAAAUGCUUGAAGAGUACCGUGCUGAACAAAAGCAACUGAAGCUGUUGCAGAAGCGCCAAGCACAUCUAGCAAAGGAGAAGGACCAACUUCAAAGUGAGCACAGCAAAGCCAUCCUUGCUCGUAGCAAGCUUGAAAGUCUAUGUCGGGAGCUGCAGAGACACAACAAAACGCUAAAGGAAGAAACCAUUCAACGUGCACGGGAGGAUGAAGAAAAAAGGAAGGAGAUCACUAAUCAUUUCCAGUCCACACUGACAGAAAUCCAAACUCAGAUUGAGCAGCAGAGUGAGAGAAACACCAGCCUUUGCCAAGAAAAUGCAGAGCUGGCAGAAAAGCUCAAUAGUAUUGUUGGCCAAUAUGAACUCAGAGAGGAGCAUCUGGAUAAAGUAUUCAAACAACGAGAUCUUCAACAAAAAUUGGUGGAUACCAGACUAGAGCAAGCCCAAGAAAUGAUGAAAGAAGCAGAGGCAAAACAUAAUAGGGAGAAGGACUUUCUGCUGACCCAGGCUGCUGAAUGGAAACUACAGAGUAAAAUGCUUAAGGAGCAAGAAGCAGUUCUGAAAACACAGAUAACUCUCUACUCUGAAAGAUUUGAUGAGUUUCAAAAUUCUUUAACAAAAAGCAAUGAGGUUUUUAGCACCUUCAAAAAAGAAAUGGAAAAGAUGACAAAGAAAAUGAAGAAAUUAGAGAAGGAUACCAGCACAUGGAAAACAAGAUUUGAGAAUUGUAAUAAAGCUCUUCUGGACAUGAUUGAAGAGAAAUCUAUGAGGGCCAAAGAAUAUGAUUGCUUUGUACUGAAAAUUCAGAGGCUAGAAAAGCUUUGCAGAGCUCUGCAGGAGGAAAGAAUUGAACUGUACAAAAGAAUUAAAGAAGCAAAAGUACAAGAAAAUGUAGAAGACGAAGAUGAUGAUAAUAAUGACACAGAAGACUGUGAUGCAGACCACACUGAAAGUAAUACAGGCGAGCAGUCAACCAUAGAUGAGAAGAUAAUCAAUGACCUGGAAACAGCAUUUAUGGUGACUCACCAUUUGGAGCACAUGCCAGAAGAACCUAGCCUGGAAUGUCUAAAAUCUAAUCCUAGCAUUUUCACUCAAGUGGAAAACAUUGUACAACCCUUGCAAGGUGCAUGCUGCCCAGAAGCCUGUGAGAGGCAAUCCUUACAUGAGAAGCCACAACAGGCAGAAGCAGAUGACGAUAUUGAGGCUGUUGACUAAAUCAAAUGUAUAUAUUUAUUUAGUUUGUUUAGCAUAAAAAAUAAAAUUUGUGAAGCAACUUAUAGAUAGUUUUCAAACAGGUGAACAGUAAGUGCCACCUGCUGAUUAGUUCCUAUGGGAUAGUCAUUGAAAAUUUGACUAGUAAAAGAUAACAUAAUUCUGAACAACUUUCCAAUAUAGUUUUGUUAAAAAUGUUCAGUGCUCUUCAAGUUAUUUGUAAAAACAAUUGCUAUUUUACAGUAUUUUGCAGUAUUUGUCUAACAAUGUUGCAAAAGUUUUGGUUCCCCAGCAAAGACAGAUGUGUUAAUCAGCUUGCUUGUCUUACAUUGGAUCACCAAUCUCAGCCAUCAGGGCAAAGAAUAAAAAGGGAUAGACAAACACUGCUUUCAGUAGCAUUACAUAUACAAAUAAGUUAAAAACUAUAGAAUGUGUGUAAUGAAUGUAUAUUGCAAUGUUGCUUAGAAUUAGGUUCUUUUACUACACAAAUUUUUAUUUUUGGGUUGACUUGACCUUUAAUACAUUUGUUGUUAUUUGCUUUGAAUUAAAAGUUAAAAAUAACUGAAAGUAAAAUCACUUCAGCAUGGCAAUUUCAUAGACACUCCCAGUAAUUCUACUUACUAACCUAGUAACCUGCUACCCUGCACCAGGGUACCUCUUCUUAAAAAAUGCACCUGCCUGGGGUACUUUCUUCUGCACUACUUCUUCUAUGCUGUUCCCAAGCAUCCCCUGCUCUUGUUGAAGCUGAGUGCAUGUACAGUACAGUACAGAAUAAAGAUGAUCUGUAUUGCAUAUGCACUCACACAGUGUAAACAGAGAAAGCAGAAAAAUAUGGUGCUGUGUAUUGUGGGGGUAGUUAGUUAGCAAUUAGAAUUACUGCGGGUGCCGAACAAGUUGGCCCGAGAGAUUUUACCCUUAGUUCUCUUUCAGUCUAGAAAUGAAACAGUUGUGUGAUUGACAAUACAAAAUAAAAAAAAUGCAAACUG